UUCAAUGACGGACUCCUGAUUGUAAAUCGGUGUUUGGAGAUUUUUUCCUCUAGACAUUCAGCUGCUUUCUGGGAGAUAAAAUGGCAUUGCAGCCUCUCAGAAGAUAAAAGCCACGGAUUAACAGCUUGUUUUUUUUUUUUUUUUUUUAAUGGAUAUAUACACCAGCUUCUUUACAAUAUGUUUAGGGUGGGACAACAAUGUCAACUUUACUCGGAUAGUUUAGGUUAGAUAACGUUGCUGACGCGGCUUGUCCGGUAAAAACCUAAUAAUACCACCACUAAUAUUAAUCAUGGAAACUAGCGGCGACAUUCAGACCGUCUCCAGUGCGGUUUCGAGAGGAGCAAACCCUGAACUGAAGAAGCUGCUUUCCUUCAAAACCUACAAGAGGAGGUGGUUUGUGCUGCUGGUGUUGUGUUUGCUGAACUGCUCCAACGGAACGCUAUGGCUCACCUUCGCACCAGUGGCCGACCAGUCCGCCCAGUACCUGCAGGUGACUCUGGAGGACAUCAACUGGCUGUCGGUGGUCUACAUGGUGGUGGCCAUACCGCUCAGCUUCGUCACCACCUGGAUGCUGGACACGCUGGGGCUACGCAUCACGCUGAUCUUGGGCUCCUGGCUGAACAUGUUCGGAGCGGCGCUGCGCCUCAUCGGCGCCCUCCCCUCCGUCACCAGCCUCCAUCCCUCCCAGAGGUUCGCGGUGGUGAUGUGCGGUCAGACUUUCUGCGCUCUGGCUCAGCCGCUCAUGAUCUUCGCCCCCACCAAGCUGGCGGCGCUGUGGUUCCCCGACCAUCAGCGCGCCACGGCCAACAUGAUCGCAUCCAUGUCGAAUCCCCUGGGUAUCCUUCUCGCUAACAUCAUCUCUCCUCUGAUUGCUCAAACAUCUCGUGAAAUCCCAACGCUGCUGCUUGCCUACACGAUCCCGUCAUGUGUCAUCUGUUUCCUAGCAACGGUGGGGAUACGGAGCAGCGCGCCCCCGACGCCGCCGUCGGCCAGCGCCGAGUCCUCGGCCUCGGAGCCGUUCGUCCAGGGCCUCAAACUGUUACUGAGGAACAAAGCCUACGUCAUCCUGCUGCUGUGCUUGGGCUCAGGCAUGGCCGUCUUCACCUGCUUCUCCACGCUGCUGGAGCAGAUCCUGUGUGUGCAGGGAUACACCAACGACUUCGCCGGCCUGUGCGGUGCCCUCUUCAUCGUGUUCGGGAUCGUCGGCGCCGGUGCUCUGGGUUUCUACGUGGACAAGACCAAGAAGUUCAUCGAAGUCACAAAGAUCAACCUGAGCUUCACUGCUUUGGCGUGCAUCGCCUUCUCCGUGGUGUCUCUGAUGCGAGGCCAGAAAGCCGCCGUGGCCGUCGUCUGCUCGCUCUUUGGCUUCUUCGGUUUCUCCAUCUACCCGGUGGCCAUGGAGCUGUCGGUGGAGUGUUCGUAUCCGGUGGGAGAAGCAACGUCGGCCGGACUCAUCUUCGUCUCGGGACAGGUUCAGUCGCUCCUCUACAUCGUCCUCCUCCAGGCUUUAACCAAACCUUUGGCCGACUCCCCUCUGUCCACCUGUGGAGACGCCGUCUUGAGCUGGAGAGUGCCCAUGAUGGUGAUGGCCGGUAUCUGCUGCCUGUUCUGCUGCUGCUUCGUCAUCUUCUUCCACACCAACUACCGGCGCCUGGAGGCCGAGGAGCAGGCGACGUACGGCGUCAAACGAGGCCGCGACGGCAGCGAGAGCCCUCAGAGCGUGGAGACGUGAGGACGCGUCCACGGCGACGACGCUGUGUUUCAUACGAAGGAAACGCGUUUUACAGCCACAGAAACUGAGAAUACAAUAAUCAUAUGUAUUUAAAUAAUUAUGGCAUUCUUUAUAUAUAUGUAUAUAUUGUUAAAUGUCAUGUAGGUACGAGCUGCUGCUCUCACUCAUCCUGAUUUUAUCCUGGAGGGAGGAAAAGGAAUCGGUUCCUUGAACGCAGCAUCCAGGUACUCAGCUGUUAUCAGGGAACGAGAAAGUUCUCCAACCAAUCAGAGACAUUUACUUAGAAACUAAUUCUACUAAUUCAAGUUGCUGACGGCAAUAAGUGAGAUUUCUACAGUAUAUAUAUAUAAAAAAAAGUCACCUGUGGAUCUGGUGGCAUUUAUUAUCUAAAAAGCAAAACUAUUUCUCAUCGAGAAAAGUCAUAAAUUAUACUUUAUAACACGAUUUCUUUCGUAGACCAGUGAUUUAUCAAAGUGCUGCACAUGUUUUUAUUGUGUUCUUGACCAAAUGUCUGCAGCGUUGACACGACGAAAACCCUCGGUUAGCGGAGGAAAUGUGCAGCAGUGGUUUUGGUUGCAGUUUCUGCUCAUUUUCACGGUUUGCUGUGCAGAUAAAAAAAACCCUAAUCUGGUUUCAGGACGUAUUUUAACAACGUCUGUCCUGCUUUUCAGAAUCACUUUCACAACACUUUUUUUAAUCCUUCAAGGAAAUGGUUUAAACUGUAGAUAGUAUAUCCACCUCUGGGUUCUGGGCCCCUUUUAACGUCUUUGUAUCAGUAUAGAAAAUAAAAAACAGAUAGCACUACAUUCAUUUCUGUAACUGCUUGUCCUCUGGAGGCGGGUUCACAUUCACAUUCACACCUACGACCAAUUUAGAGCCACUAACGAGCCUAAUGAGCCUAACGAGCGUGUCUUUGGAGGGCGGGAAGAAGCCGGAGUAUCCGGAGAAGAACCGACGCAGACACAGGGAGAACAUGAAAACUCAUAUUAAUUAAUGAUAGUCACGUUAUUUAUAGUGUCACAUGAUUUAGUUUAAUUUUAAUUCCUUACUUUUACAUAAACAAACUCUAAGUCGGUUGUUUUUCAUUUUGUUUAGAAGGUGAAACUCCUUGUUUCUUUUUUAGCACUGAAUUUGAAACCAAACCAAAACGCCUGAGCUCCUUCCUCACUGUGACGUUCUGCUGCUCUUAAAAGACGAGCGCUGUUUGGUACCGUUGAGCCUCUUUCAGUAUCACAGGUCGUCGCAGGAGCCAGGUUUGACCCGUUGAGUCGUAGAGUCACUGAUCCACGUGGUUAAAGUGCUUAUUUUUGAGAAUCAUCUGGUUCCAGAGCAACUUUCUUCCACGUGAUCCUGCAGGUUGUUUGUUUACGUGGUUAUAAAAACCACUCAGCUGACCGGGUUCAGGCGUUUAAGAAGAAUAACUGAGGUACUGUUCUUUAACUGCUCAGGUAAAACACACAAAUUUAAUAUCUUCAAACUGCAUCAUAUGUUGUUUUUUAAGUUUUAACUGUUUUCUGUACUGGAAAAAAAUAACACUGGUUAUUUCUGCUCGUCUCUCUGGACUCAAACCACUGUAAUCGUACGAACACAGGUCAAAUAAUAGAACGUUUUUCAGGAGCUAAAUGAUCUGGAUAAAAAAACAAGAUUUGUUUCUGGUUUGUUGUAACGAACAGAAAAACAAAAACAUUCCUUAAAGCUGCUCCAGUCUUGUGUAUUUGAUCCAGAUGAUCUGAAGGAUGAGACGGUUCUGGCUUUAUGUGCAAUAAAAGGGAAGAAACCGAGAAAAUAAAAUAAUCAUGUUUGUUGCCAUGUUUUUACUGACACUUUUUAAGACAUUAAAUCAUCUCAUUUAA